AUGCAGAUGAGUCUUCGGCCAGUGCUCAGCCUCUUGCUUUGCGUCUGCAUGAUGCAGACGGCUUCCUCCUUCCGACACUUCUUAGUACCGGCGCAGCCGGGUCAUGAAGUGCGGGAAGGGAGCUGUAAUCAACCUCCUCCAUUCGUGAGCAUCCCUGUUCCCAAACGACAUGUAGGGCACUCGCCAGCUUCGGGCACGAGGUUGACCAAGGCGAUCAGAGGAGUGGAGGCGCUGGCUCAGACGAUCUCUGCCGUCAAGCAGGAGAUCGCAAGGCGAGACGUGUUCCUUCACAUUGCCAAGAAGCGAGCGUACGCUGACGAGCCUGCCGCCGCAGCGGACAAGUGUCCGAACCUCAAGGAGAUCAGCAAGAAGUCUCGUCCUAGCGAUUUCACGGAAGACUUGUAUCAGGGGAUCUGGUAUGAGCUUGCAUAUCACGACGUCACUCAAGCCAACUACUUCUGUGGAUGCACACGAUUCAAUUUCACCAUUCGCAGCAACAACAUGAUCGAGGACAUGUUCACUACAACGUGCCCGAUGACUGGAGUGCUUCCAGGCGAGGACGUGGCCAAGAAGAUCUAUACUCUCAACAUGACUAUCCAGUAUGACAAGUCGAAGCCUGGAGAGUUUCUUGAGAAAGGCUUCGCUUACAAUUUUCCCAACUACGUGCUCUACGUGUGGAAGAAGACUGCAAAUGGGAAGACCUACUACGACAGAUCGUUGCAGAUGCAGUGCGUGGAGGCUGCGGGAAAGAUUCUCUUCGUGGGUAUCAACUUCCUUGCAAGGGGCCCCAAAGUCAGCAAAGCCGAGCUUGAUGAGAUGUUUGACAAGGCCAAGGAGCUGGGGAUCGAUCGAUACGGAGGAGAUCGGGCUGGAAUGUACAUGGUGAAGCACGACGGCUGCGAAUACCCUGUGUCUACAGACGCGAGUGUGAUGGGUCCACGAAGUGACUUCCCAGGACCUCUCAUGGAUAAGGUGUGUUUGUGA